AUGGAACCAUACAAAGAACUUAUCUACCAACUUAGUGCUCAAGAAGAAAAUAAUAAGAAGGCAAUUACAGAUUAUAUCGUAUCUUUAAAUCAAACCAAUACACUUUUUUCAAAAGUACUUCAAAGUCUUAUGGAAACAUCAGCAGCAAAUAGUCAGACAUUAAUGUCUUUCAUUGAAAAACAGUCUGCUUAUCAAUUAUCUCAAAUAGAAUGCUUAAAGCAACAAAACAUACAACUCCAAUUCCAAGUCAAUCAGCUACAACUCCAGGUCAAUGCUUUACAAGAGGGUCAUGAGUCAACCAAACUUCAAUGUAGUAAUUUAAUUAAAGAAAUGGAUAAACAGAAUACUAAUGAUUCUUUUGUUCAAAGUCCUAUAUAA